AUGUGGUCCACUGAGAGUAUGGAGCCAGAGAAAGCUCACACCCAGAACAGCUUCUUUCACAAGGUGGAUGUGCCUGACCAUGCUCACUAUAUUGUUGCGAUAUUCGUCUUUGUCAUCGGGACACUGGGCAUCACCGGCAAUGCCCUGGUUAUGUUUGCCUUCUAUAGUAACAAGAAGCUUCGUAACCUACCUAACUACUUCAUCAUGAACCUGGCGGUCAGUGACUUCCUAAUGGCCUUCACGCAGUCCCCCAUCUUCUUCAUCAACUGCAUCUACAAGGACUGGGUGUUUGGAGAGACCGGCUGUAAGAUGUAUGCAUUCUGUGGCGCCUUGUUUGGCAUCGCCUCCAUGAUAAAUCUACUGGCUAUCUCUAUCGAUCGCUACGUGGUUAUCACUAAGCCGCUGCAGGCCAUACACUGGAGCUCCAAACGAAGAACCACGCUGGCCAUCAUCAUGGUCUGGCUUUACUCUUUGGCAUGGAGUCUGGCUCCUCUUGUUGGCUGGAGCUCUUAUAUCCCAGAGGGCUUGAUGACAUCGUGUACGUGGGAUUAUGUCACAUACACACUGGCCAACAGGAGCUACACGAUGAUGCUGUGCUGUUUUGUUUUCUUUAUCCCACUGGGAAUCAUCUCUUAUUGCUAUGUCUUCAUGUUUCUGGCUAUAAGAAAUACUACCAGGGAGGUAGAAAAGCUGGGAACUCAGGUGAGGAAAUCCACCCUGAUCCAGCAGAAAUCCAUCAGGAGUGAGUGGAAGUUGGCAAAGAUCGCCUUUGUCGUCAUUGUGGUUUAUGUCCUCUCCUGGUCACCAUACGCCUGUGUCACACUGAUUUCCUGGGCUGGGCAUGCCAACAUCCUGUCGCCAUACUCCAAGGCUGUCCCUGCAAUUAUUGCAAAAGCCUCCACCAUCUACAAUCCUUUCAUCUAUGCUAUCAUACACAACAAAUACAGGAAGACUCUGGCAGAGAAGGUUCCCUGCUUGUGGUUUCUGUCUCCCACUCCUCGAAAGGAAUGCAUCUCCUCCUCCAUCAGUGAGUCUUCUUUCAGAGACUCCAUCAACAGUCGACAGUCCAUUGCAUCAAGGACUCACUUUAUUACCACUUUGUGCAACUCCACUAACAUGGUAUUGAGGGAUGUAGAGAUGGAGCCUUUGGGUAGGAAGUCAGGUAAUUCCUUCAGAAGGCUGUCGUCAUACAAUCAGUCUCGUAGAAGCAGGUCCUCUAAGAAAAAUUUAGAGAGGAAAACCGCAAAGAGGCAUGCAGCAGAGAAGCAUCCAUCUACCAUGAGAGAUUCAUCCAGCAACUGUGAGCAUGAACUGGUUUCCAGCUCUCUCACCAUCGCCACUGUCCCCCUAUUAGUUCUUACCAGGCAGCGGAGCCAGAGUCUGACCAAUGAGAUCUCAGAUGCUGGACAGGAGAAAGGCAGCAUCAGAGAUAGGCUGCGCAGCCACAAGAGCAAUUCUAUCAAUUCCAUUAAUUUUGGAAGAAUCCCAACCACUGAAAUGAUGUCACCUCAGGGUGUCCCACGCAUAAUCGUCAUCAGUCCGACAUCUGAAAGCAGCCUCAUCAAACAUGAUAGUGUCUGCCUGGAGGACAGUGCUGAGGCAAUGGAGGACAAAGUUUUUGUGAGCCUCAACUUCUCAUCAGAGGUCUUUGAGGCAGUGGAGUUACUCUCUUGA